UCCCCUACCCUGAAGGUGACAGUUCCUUGGAGCCUCCCCUGAUCUUCUUUGGGGUCCCUGGCUCCAGAGGCCAUUCUUCUCAGCUCAGCUCUGUACCUUCUCACAGCUGCAGCAGCCACCUUGGAAUCUCUACGCUGAUCAUGUUCUCUGUGUUUGGACUCUCCAUCCCCAUCUCGGCCACGGAGCUUCUCCUGGCCUCUGCCAUCUUCUGCCUCAUAUUCUGGGUGGUCAGGGCCUGGCAGUCUCGGGUCCCCAAAGGCCUGAAGAGUCCACCAGGGCCCUGGGGCUGGCCCCUGCUCGGGCACGUGCUGACCUUGGGGAAGAGCCCACAUGUGGCCCUGUCGCGGCUGAGCCAGCGCUAUGGAGACGUGCUGCAGAUCCGCAUUGGCUGCACGCCUGUACUGGUGCUCAGCGGCCUGGACACCAUCCGGCAGGCCCUGGUGCGGCAGGGCGACGAUUUCAAGGGCCGGCCCGACUUCUACAGCUUCACCCUGGUCUCUGAUGGGCAGAGCAUGACUUUCAACCCAGAUUCUGGACCAGUGUGGGCUGCCCGCCGGCGCCUGGCCCAGAAUGCUCUGAAGAGUUUCUCCAUCGCCUCCGACCCGGCUUCCUCAUCCUCCUGCUACCUGGAGGAGCAUGUGACCAAGGAGGCUGAGUACCUCCUCGUUAAGUUUCAGGAGCUGAUGGCAGGGCCUGGGCACUUUGACCCCUACAGGUAUGUAGUGGUGUCAGUGGCCAAUGUCAUCUGUGCUAUAUGCUUUGGCCAUCGCUAUGACCAUGACAACCAAGAGCUGCUUAGCCUAGUCAACCUUGGUAACGAGUUUGGGGAGGUGGCUGCCUCUGGGAACCCAGCCGACUUUAUCCCUAUCCUCCGUUACCUGCCCAACACUGCCCUGGAUCUCUACAAGGACCUGAAUCAGAGGAUUUACAUCUUCAUGCAGAAGCUGGUCAAGGAACACUAUAAAACGUUUGAGGAGGGCCACAUCCGGGACAUCACAGACAGCCUGAUCAAACACUGUCAGGACAAGAGGCUGGAUGAGAAUGCCAAUAUCAAGCUGCUGGAUAAGCAGAUAGUUAAUGUCGUCCUCGACCUCUUUGGAGCUGGGUUUGACACUGUCACAACUGCCAUCUCCUGGAGUCUCAUGUACCUGGUGACAAGCCCCAAUGUGCAGAAAAAAGUCCAGGAGGAGCUGGACACAGUGAUUGGCAGGGUGCGGUGGCCUCGGCUCUCCGACAGACUUCAGCUGCCCUACUUGGAGGCCUUCAUCCUGGAGACCUUCCGACACUCCUCCUUCGUCCCCUUCACCAUCCCCCACAGCACCACAAGAGAUACAAGCCUGAAUGGCUUUUACAUCCCCAAGGGGCGUUGUGUCUUUGUGAACCAGUGGCAGAUCAAUCAUGACCAGAAGCUGUGGGAUGACCCAUCUGAGUUCCGACCUGAACGGUUUCUUACCCCUGAUGGCACCAUCAACAAGGCACUGAGUGAGAAGGUGAUUCUCUUCGGCAUGGGCAAGCGGAAGUGCAUUGGUGAGACCAUUGCCCGCCUGGAGGUCUUUCUCUUCCUGGCCAUCCUGCUGCAGCAGGUGGAAUUCAGUGUGACCCCAGGUGUGAAGGUGGACAUGACCCCCAUCUAUGGGCUGACCAUGAAGCAUGCCCGCUGUGAGCACUUCCAGGUGCAUAUGCGCUCUUAGGAGCAGAGACCCCUGCAGCCUAGCUGACCCUGAGGGCCUAAGCUUUGGCUUGAAAGUCAUGGAUACUGUCUGGCUGAAUUUUUGCUGUGUGGGCUGUGUGCAAGCCUGAGGAAUCAUACCUGCCCCCAACCCUGAACUUGUCCCUCUGUGUGCUGCCCACAGGCAGUGGAUACAGCAUGGGCCACACAGGAGCUGAUGAACCCUUCUGAAGCUUUGCUUGAGCUGGGAGACCUGGUAGGGUUAGGGGGUCCUCAGUCCUCUGGAAUCCUCUGACAAGCUCUCUGGAAGCCCUGGGGCCCGGCAGCUAGCUAGCUUGAGAAACGGUUACAGCAGGUCACACCAAGGCCUGUCCAAUCUCUUUGAUAACUGGGAGUUGUCAAGAGUGAGAGGGAGAAGCAAUCCAGGAUACUCCCCACUUAAACAAGCCUGCACAACCUGACCCCAGGGGCCUGGGACACUGUGCCUUGGGGAUGGCCUUCUUCUCUGCAGGCAGGAACAGAGCUACCUCCUGGCCUUGCAAGCUACAUAUUCCUGUCCAAGAUGGGCCGGGAACUUGUGUCUAAGAGGAGUAGAGAGCAGGAGGGCCCAAAUCCAGGCUCCGGGACCAGGUCAGGAGGGAGGGGGUAGUAAUUCAGUCACCUUCUACUGGGUCUCCUUUCUCUAAGCCCUGUGUUAAAACAUCUUUUGAAAAUGUUUGUAUACAAGGAGCUUUUUAUUUUAGCCUGUGUUGUUCUUGCAUGUUUGCAUUUAUUAUAUAUAAGAGCUUAAAACAGUUUAUAGAGUACAGUGGAGAAAAUUCUAACCCAACUAUCCAGAAAUGUGUAGGAAACAUCUGCCAGAGCUAAAUAAAGAUAUGAUCCACUUCUUCAUAGCACAAGGAACUACAUUCAAUAUCUUGUAAUAACCUUUAAUAAAAAUGAAUAUGAAAAGGAAUAUAUGUAUGUAUAUGCAUGGCAGGGACAUUGUGCUGUGCACCAGAAAUGGACACAUUGUAACUGACUGUAUUUCAAUUAAAAAAAGAAGGAAAGGAAGAAAAAGAUGUUAUCCAGAAGUCCUAUAGGUGGAGAUGUUUUGAAUCUUGAGCAAAGCCAUCAUUCAUUUACAUGCCCUCUCUGAGGCCCACCUUGUGCUGGGUUUUACUGUGGGAGGAGGAAGCGGAGGAGACAGUAAAGAGGUGAAGCCUCUGCUCUCAGGCAGCUCACAGUCUGGUGGGGGCACAAGACCCUCUCACUUCACUGCCUUCUUCCUUCUCUAAGUGAUCACAUAUUGAUGAAGAAUAUUCUCUGGACCAGGCACUGAGGGAAUGAAGUGAAUAAAACAUAGUCCAUACCUUCAAGAGUCUCCCAAGCUGGUUGGAGGAACUGACUCAUUAACACAUCAUCCAAUUCAUUGUGAUCAGGGCUCUACCGGAUAGAUGUACACAGGAGGGUGAGGCCCAGGGCCAGGGUGGGCUGGGUGGGUAGGUGAGUGGGUGCUGGGAAAUGUUACUAGGUCUUGGGGAUAUCUGUGCUGGGCCCUCUGUGAAGGAUGAGAGGCAGUCUCACUUGGGUCUCAGGUCAUUAGAUGCUCAAGUCCAACAGAUGGACUCUGGUCACAGAUGGAGAACAAGAUGUUUGAUUGUUGGGCCCCAUAAGCAGACUGUGGUUCAGAUUUCAACACUAAAGUCACCCCUCUUCAUCAGGAAUGGCAGAGUUGUGGUGCCAAGUAGGGGCAGUGGCUGGAUCCACA